AUGAGAGCAUUUUCCAAGGAAAUGUUCCCACUAGGUUAUUAUAAGGAUGUAUUUGGAGUUUAUGAUGUAUCUUUUACUCCCGAAAACAUAAGGAGAAAACCACGAUUUAUUGGUUCAUUUGUGUUAAAAGAGAUAAAAUCAAGAACUCCAAAAACCAAAGGAGGGCAUUAUAAAAAAAGGUUUCACCAAUCUUUAACUCCCCUAGGAAAAAAGGCUGUGGAAGAGAUAAUUAAUACAGUAAGAACAUUGGCUUGGGUUUCCGGAAAAGAUAGAAAUAAAUUUCGGAGAUUAGUAAAGGAAAGGCUUCAACUUGAAAGGGAAUUGCCCUAUAUAGAUGUAGAAGCCAUGGAUGAUAGUAAAAAAGAAACGGAUUUUGAUAAGGUAUUAAAAACUGCUAUAAAUACACCACCACUAAAACUGAAAGACCUCAAAGAAAAGUUGAAGAAAGCAAAUGAUAAUAAUAAAUGUUAUCGUUGUCAAGAAAUACUUUGGGGAGCCUCAGUUAAGGACAUCAAAGGCAAUGACUACUGCCUUGAUUGUUCAAAAUGUUCCCAAUGCCACUUAAAACUUACCGGCAAGUAUCAUGUUGGUCUCAAAGGAGGUUUUUGGUGUAGUGAUUGUGUCAAAAAUCAUCGCAUUAAAGAAGUAGCAACCGCCCAACAAGAAAUAAAGAAAUUAGCCCAAGAAAGAGAAGAAUUGCAAAAACAAUUAGAUGAGUUAAAUAAUCCCGCUUCUCAUUGUGAAAUUUGUUCUAAAAAAAUAAAGGGUGGUGAUACUUAUUAUGCUACUUCCCAAGAACCAGAUAAAAAAACUUGCCCUACUUGUUAUCAAGACCAAAUAGAUAAAAGGUUAGCCGAAACAAAAAGGAAGAAAAAAGAAUUAGAGAGAGAAAAUGAAGAAGUUAACGAUAUAAUGGAGCAAGCCGAACAAGCCAACUUAGCAGGAAAAGUUUUUGUUCUUUCCGAGCGAGGAAAAAAGUUAUUAGGAUCCAAGGGAGUAAAAAUUGUUGAAGAUGGUAAUAAUUUAGUGAGAAAACAACAAAAUCAAGAUAGUCAGAAUAAUUAUCCUACUUCUCACGAUAAUCAAAGAUUUAAUGAUAAUAGUAAAAAAGAUCAAGGAUUGGAAUAUUUGACCCCUCUUCUGGUCGGAGGCGGAAUAAUUAUUAUAAUAAUUUGUUUGAUUAAAAGUGGCAAAAGCAAGCAACAAGCUUUUAGGAAAGCACAAAAGGCAAAGGCGAUCAUUGAAGUUAUGAUGGAGGUAGCAUUACACAAACUUGCUCCAAACCCGAAUGCCAAGCAUUAG